AUGCCAACCUUAUGGAUAUCACUAAGGCAAAAAUCUCCGACAACCACGCACGUGGGCGUGCACACGCCUAGAGUGGAAUGGACACGAAACACAUCUCGAAGAGCAACAGUUACGAAAGUGUCUCUACAAGUGGAUAUUGUUCCAAGUCAGGUGGAGAUCAGCGUUGGAGAAUCCAAAUUCUUCUUAUGUCAAGUGACUGGGGAAGCCAAAGCCAAAGACAUUUCCUGGUUCUCCCCCAACGGCGAGAAGCUGACGCCCAACCAGCAGCGCAUCUCGGUGGUGCGGAACGAUGACUUCUCCUCCACCCUCACCAUUUACAGCGCCAACAUCGACGACGCCGGCAUCUACAAGUGUGUUGUCACCAGUGAGGAGGAGGGCGACUCUGAGGCCACCGUCAAUGUGAAAAUCUUCCAGAAGCUGAUGUUCAGGAAUGCUCCCACCCCUCAGGAGUUCCAGGAGGGGGAAGAUGCGGUGAUUGUGUGUGAUGUGCUCAGCUCGCUGCCUCCCACCAUUAUGUGGAAGCAUAAGGACAGGGACGUUGUCCUGAAAAAAGAUGUCCGAUUUAUAGUCUUGCCCAACAACUUCUUGCAAAUCCGGGGAAUCAAGAAAACGGAUGAGGGGACGUACCGCUGUGAGGGCAGAAUCCUGGCUCGUGGGGAGGUCAAUUUCAAGGAUAUUCAGGUCAUCGUGAAUGUGCCUCCUUCUGUCCGUGCCAGGCAGAACACCAUGAAUGCUACGGCCAAUCUCAGCCAGUCUGUCACCUUAGUGUGCGAUGCUGAUGGCUUUCCUGAGCCAGCCAUGAGCUGGAUGAAGGACGGGGACUUGAUAGAACGGGGGGACGAUGACGAGAAAUACGACUUCAACUACGAUGGCUCUGAGCUGACCAUCAAGAAGGUAGAGAAGAGCGACGAGGCGGAGUACACCUGCAUGGCUGAGAACAAGGCCGGAGAGCAGGAUGCCAUCAUCCACCUCAAAGUCUUCGCAAAACCCAAAAUCACUUACGUGGAGAACAAAACUGCCAUGGAACUGGAGGACCAGAUCACGCUGACCUGCGAGGCUUCUGGGGACCCAAUCCCCUCCAUCACCUGGAGAACCUCCACCCGGAACAUCAGCAAUGAAGAGAAGGCUUCGUGGACUCGGCCCGAGAAGCAAGAGACCCUGGAUGGGCGCAUAGUGGUGCGCAGCCACGCCCGAGUGUCCUCCCUGACGCUCAAGGACAUUCAGUACACGGACGCUGGAGAAUAUGUGUGCACGGCCAGCAACACCAUCGGGCAAGACUCCCAGGCCAUGUACCUUGAAGUGCAAUAUGCCCCCAAGCUGCAGGGCCCUGUGGCAGUCUACACCUGGGAGGGGAAUCAAGUGAACAUCACAUGCGAGGUGUUUGCUUAUCCCAGUGCUGUCAUCUCCUGGUUCCGGGAUGGACAGCUGCUACCAAGCUCCAACUACAGUAACAUCAAGAUCUACAACACCCCAUCAGCCAGUUACCUGGAGGUGACACCGGAUUCCGAGAAUGACUUUGGGAACUAUAACUGCACCGCAGUGAAUCGCAUCGGCCAGGAGUCCUCUGAAUUCAUCCUUGUGCAAGCGGAUACUCCGUCCUCUCCUUCCAUUGACAGAGUGGAGCCUUACUCCAGCACUGCCCAGGUGGAGUUCGAUGAGCCCGAGGCCACCGGUGGGGUGCCCAUCCUCAAGUACAAGGCGGAAUGGAGAGCACUGGGCGAGGAGGAUUGGCAUUCCAGGUGGUAUGAUGCCAAAGAAGCAAACAUGGAGGGCAUGAUUACCAUCAUGGGCCUGAAGCCAGAGACGACCUAUGCCAUCAGACUGUCAGCUAUCAACGGCAAGGGCCUGGGAGAGAUCAGUGCAGUGUCUCAGUUCAAGACCCAGCCAGUUCGCAUUCCUCAUUCACCAACUACUGUUGCCCCGCCCGCCCAUUUCGCAGACACAACCCUGCCUCCUACCAGAUCCGAAAGCACAGAGCAGAUGAAGGGGGAACCCAGCGCACCCAAACUGGAGGGCCAGAUUGUAGAAGACGGGAACUCCAUUAAAGUGAACCUUAUCAAGCAGGAUGAUGGAGGCUCUCCGAUCAGACACUAUCUGAUCAAAUACAAAGCUAAGCUUUCCUCAGACUGGAAACCAGAGAUCAGACUCCCCUCUAACAGCGACCACGUCAUUCUUAAGUCCCUAGAGUGGAAUGCAGAGUAUGAGGUCUACGUGAUAGCUGAGAAUCAGCAAGGGAAAUCCAAGCCGGCACACUAUGCUUUCAGGACUUCAGCUCAGCCUACUGUAAUCCCAGCCAGCACCAGCCCCACGUCAGGCCUAGGGACUGCUGCCAUCGUGGGCAUUCUCAUCGUCAUCUUUGUGCUGCUCCUGGUGGCUGUGGACAUCACCUGCUACUUCCUGAACAAGUGCGGCCUGCUGAUGUGCAUCGCGGUCAACCUGUGCGGCAAGUCCGGGCCCGGGGCCAAGGGCAAAGACAUGGAGGAGGGCAAAGCUGCCUUCUCAAAAGACGAGUCGAAGGAGCCCAUCGUGGAGGUGCGGACUGAGGAGGAGCGGACCCCGAACCACGACGGGGGCAAACACACAGAGCCCAACGAGACCACGCCGCUGACGGAGCCUGAGCACCCAGCUGACACUACAGCUACGGUGGAAGAUAUGCUGCCUUCUGUAACCACGGGCACCACUAAUUCUGACACUAUCACCGAAACCUUUGCCACUGCUCAGAACAGCCCGACCAGCGAGACCACCACCCUGACUUCCAGUAUUGCCCUGCCAGCCACAGCUAUCCCUGACUCAAACUCCGUGCCGCCCAGCCAGGCCACUCCGGCCAAAGGGGCAGCCACCUCAGCUUCCUCGCCACUGUCCUCGGCCCCCAAAGUCGCCCCCCUGGUUGACCUCAGCGACACCCCAACUUCUACUCCGGCCACUAGUAAUUUGUCUUCGAGUGUCCUGGCCAACCAAGGGGCAGUGCUCAGCCCCAGCACGGCCACCAGCAUGGCUGAGGCCUCAAAGGCGCCAGCUGGUAGCAAGCCGUCCGCCCCAGCCCCUGCAAACCCCGCUAGCCCUCCAGCUUCUUCAGAGCCCAAGCAGGAGGUGACAAGCACCAAAAGCCCAGAAAAGGAAGCUGUACAGCCCAGCAUGGUGAAGAGUCCAACAGAAACCGCCAAGAACCCAACUAACCUGAAGAGCGAGGCUGCCUCAGGCAGCACCACAAACCCCUCCCAGAACGAGGACUUUAAAAUGGACGAAGGGACCUUCAAGACCCCAGACAUUGACCUUGCAAAGGAUGUUUUUGCAGCUCUUGGCACUACUGCUCCUGCCAGUGUGGCUAGUGGGCAAGCUCGCGAGCUUGCUGCUUCCACUGUAGACAGCUCUGUACCGCUGGCACCGGCAAAGACCGAGAAAACCCCUGUAGAAGAAAAAUCUGAGGUGCAAGCAACGGAACCGAAGACACCUCCAGCAGAAGUCAAGACGGUCCCCAACGAAGCCACACAAACAAAUGAAAACGAGAGCAAAGCAUGA